UCAUCAUUGUCAAGGGAAGCUUUCGCUUGACAACAAGAUUUUUCGUGCAAAAAAUUUGCCUAUACGAUGGUGUUAUAUUUUACUCUGAUGAUGUUUCUUUAAAUUCUUGAUUGAUCCACCAUGGCAAAUAAGAGAGGAAGAGAACCAUCAGCAGAUGGCACUGAUAUCGACAAAAUUCGGGCAGAAAUCGAGCAAGAGAAACAGAUGAGUCUCAUGCUUGAGAAUUCAAUGCAAGAGCUGGAAACAACUAUGGAGGAAUUGGAAAAGAGAUAUGAUUGUAUUUUGGAUGAAGGUAAUGAAUGGAAAACAAAGUUUGAGACACAGGAAGAACUCAAUGCUCUUCUUGAAAAGCAGUUUCUCUUUCUCAAAGACAAGCUUGAGAAGGCCAAGGAAAGCGCCAAAGAUGGAUUCAGUGAUGAACUGAAGGCUUUCGAUGAACUCUCAGAGGCAAGUUUACGGAAAAUGGUGAAAGAACUAGAACGAGAGAAAAAUAGUCUAAACAGUCAGCUAAAGGACUAUAACUGGAGAUUAGAUCAAGAAUCAAAGGCUUUCCAUAAAGCUAAUGAAGCUAGGAAGAACUUUGUGACAGAGCUAAGGAAUGCUCGAUUGGAAGAAGACAAGUUCAAGCAAAGCCAGAAAAAGGGCAGUAACAUGAGUACCCCAAGAGAUAGUUAUAACAGUACGCCGGCUAGUAGACGACUUGGUAGAAAUGUACCCGACAAUCAGAGGAUCAUUGAUCCAAGGAGAGGGCCAAUCAGGAAAACCGCUGCCGUUAAGAAACUCCCUAAAUUGGACACAGCAUGAGAUUGAAAUGAACGUGAAGGGAAGACCAAGAGUAGGGUCAACUAUCCCAUUAUCAUAACCAAGUAGUGCUUGCAAAGCCUCGUAAAGUCAAUGAAAUCUGGGUUAGUAUUCACAACCAGAAUUAUAUAAUGGAUAAUUCUGCCUAGAUUGACUCACUUCCAACCACAGAAAUUGAGUUCCAAAGAAUUUGACUUAGAAGAGCUGAAAAACAUAUUUUGCAAGAUAUGGGCCGGUAACAUAAAAUGCAGCGAUCGAUCAUGGGACUGAUUUUUAUGAUCGAUCAUACAUAAUAAUCAGUGCAAUCAAUUGUAAAAAAAUCAGUCCUAAAGUCAAUCACUAAGCUUUAUGUUACUGAACCCUAGUCUGGAAAAGUGCUUUUACUCAGGCAAGUACUUAAAGGGAUGGUCCGGGCUGAAAGUAUUUAUAGCUUAAUACAUAGAGUAGAAUUCAUUGAGCAAAAAA